AUAAUCCAAUAAUUUGCAAUAUGAAAUCAUAAACAAUUUAACCCUACAUUGAUUAAUUGUUCACUUAAAUUAAAAUGAAAUUCUUACACAUUUUAUCAUUAUUAUUGGUGGCUUUGGUGGCCUAUACCUCGGCCCAAAGAUGUGUGGGCAGACCACGUAAUCCUUCUUGUACUGGUGCUCGUAAUGUGGGUCGUCGUGGUCCCCGUUGUACCCCCCGUACCAUGUGGCAUUACGAUGCUCGUUCCCGUCAAUGUCGUGAAAUGCGUUACUUGGGUUGUGCUGGCAACAACAAUCGUUGGUGUACCCGUGCUGCCUGUGAACAAAGAUGUCGUCGUUAAGUUUUUAUCCCAUUGGCUUCUAUUGAUUUUAACGUUUAUGUUUAAUAAAAUAAAAUAAUUGUUGCAAAUAAUAUUUCA